UCCGCUUAAAACCGAAAGCAACAAACAUGGCGAGUAAUACGCCAAGGAGCUUUCACCUCUUCAACUGCGAUAACUUGUGUAAGUUAAGUGAGGUGGAAGCUUUGCUCAAAGCCGUUAAAGGCAAGAUUCCCUUCAAGAUUUUACAUAUCAAGACACACGAGUUUAGGCGAGAACAAAUCGAGGAAAUCUUUGUGUCAAAGAUUACAAACUUAGGGAAAAUGGAUUACGCUGUGUUCGUUGUUCAUGCAGCUGAGGCCUGCCUCUCCUUUAGCGAUGAUAGUGGCUACGGAAAGAUUUAUGGGGCUCUGAAGGAACAAACUGGCUCAGGUGAAAAAGUUUUGAUCGUCAUCAGUGGGGACAAAAAUUACAAAAGUAAGAGUGAAGAAGAUCAGUUUUUCCUCUCCCAGUGGGCAAAGGAUAAUAUAUCUCCUCAGUUUCGUACUGAACUCGUCGAUGGGAGAAAGAGUUUCAUCUUCUCUUGGAACCAGAAACACAGGCCAAUCCAUGAAAAAGCGCUUCUGCAUUACUUUGAUCCCAACAAGAAUGGUCAGAAGUUCGCGGUCUCUCAAACGGAUCCAGCGGCAACGUCAACACCCCCGAGAGGACCUUCUGUUUCUCUGUCACACCACUUCGACUUACAGCAAGAGGAUUUAGAAAGAUCUGAACCUGAAUCAGCUGAUCAGGAGAGGUCUUUACUGAAACAGAAUGGGAAGCGAGGGCAGAGUCAGAGACGGGGCCAGAAGUCGUGGAGUCGAUCAGAAGAAGACGGCGGACGACAAACUUCAGAUGCGACUGAAUCUGAAUCAACAGUUUCUAGCGAGAAUUCAGGAAGGGGUGAUUCACGGCCUAUUUUAAAACUACAAACACGCCUGCGCCGUGGGAAAAUUUCAUACGAUAGCGCAGACGUAGAGAUCUGGGACCAAACCUGGCGUCCUCCUCACAGCGAGGUAGUGAAGUUAGAGAGAGAAUGGGGGUCAACACCGGAAGCGUAUUUGAAGAUCUUUGCUGAUGAAAAUGGCACAAUGUGUCGUGCUGAAGUGAUACCAAGAUCUUCCCUCUGGGACUAUUGUUGGCCUUCCUGAUGACCCCGAAAGUUUGGAGUAAGCAGUCACCUACUCUGCGUGAGUCUAAUUUAGGUGCUGGAUACUUGCAAUUGCACAUAACCUAUGAAUACUUUGAAUCUACGAGUGUUUUAUCAGAAAUGCAAACUGUUUGCAUGGAAUAAAAGAAUGUUCCUUGGA